UGUGCAGCGCCAUAUAUUUAUAAGCUAUUUCAUAUUUUUAUUUAGCUAUUUAUUUAUUUUUUAUUCCUUAUUUAUCCUCCUGAAACUUUUUCCAAAUGUUUUGCUUUCAACACAAGUAUUUCUCCUGCCUGUCUUCUUUUCUCCUAAUUGUUCAACUUCACUUCUCUCUGUCAUUUUAUCUCACUGACUCCAACCCAAUAUUAUCCUUCGAUAAUCAAGUCAGAGAGGUACAUCUCUACACAGAUAAUCACAGAAGAGGGAUGUAUCUGCAGAUGACCCCGGAUGGGAGAGUGUCAGGAAGUGAUGCUCAGACUCUUCACAGUGUGCUAGAGCUGAAAUCAGUUAAAACAGGUGAAGUUGUCAUCAAGGGACAGUCCUCAUCUCUGUUUCUCUGCAUGGACAUUGGAGGUCAUUUGAGGGGGCAGGGGCUCUACUCAGAGGAUGACUGCAGCUUCAGAGAACUGCUGCUGGCUGAUGGAUACACUCGUCUAAUUUCCUCACACCAUGGAUUUCCUGUGUCUCUUGCACCAAGACAUUCCCCAGAUCGUCGCACAGUCUUCACUCGAUUCCUACCCCUUAGGAAUACUUUGGCACGGGAGAGUGUGCCUGAACAGACACCAGACAAUGAGAGGAACUUCAACGUGGACUCUGAGGAUCUUUUUGGAAUGGGUCUGAAUGCUAUGGUCAGUCCUCAGUUCUCAUUGGACCGUUAAUAGCUUUAUAGUCUUAAAAUGUGUUAUUUAUUGACCGGGGACUUUAAUUUAUUUAUUUAAUGAGUAGCUUUUGCUCCUCAAACUGUUUCUAAGGGUAGUAUUAUGUAAUUUAUUUAUUAUUUAUUGUGUGUGUGGUUUAUUUCUGAUAUAUUUAAAGACCUAAUAAUAAAUUAUCUGAUUGUACUGUUUGGAUGUUGAGUACAUUUCUCUGUUUUUGUACCACGCAUGUCUAUGUAUCAG